AUGUUGGACGAACUGGCAUUUCUCAUCAAAGGAUAUGAUGGUAUCACCGAUCGUCGAAACAAAGUCAUUUGGUUAUGUCGCAUGUUUGAAGUAUGUAAAGAGCGGCCGGUUCGAUAUCAAGGAAAAAAGGUGAGCGCUCAGUUUCUUCACGCUAAUUUUAUCAUUCGACUAUCUCAUUUCAAUAUGGAGGACCUUAUAGAGGACGUAAAUAAAGUUCUUGGUUCUCUAAGAGAGUUCGAUGAGCAGUUGUACUACUUCGUGUUAGUAGCCACAUAUCGACUUUCAGACCAGUGCCUUAUUGAAAGCCUUCAGAAUUUUUCGUCACAAAAGUGGAAGGCUUCCUUCGAUUUUGGCGAUUCCUGUCGAAAUAUCACUCCGGAAUUCGAUCCUAUUGAACCAAGCGAAAUUUGUCCGCUUGACUCACAUGGAAUGAUCAGCAAGCAGUAUGCAGAGCUUCUCGCUUCCGACAUUUUACGUCUCGCAGAGGCUGAAAGCCGUCGUGGAGUUUCCUUUCGGAUUCUGGUUUUUGAUCGUGGUCCGGCUAUGUUGGCUAUUCGCGAUUUAUUCAGUGGAAUAAGUUCCGAUCUGUUCCAGGAAAGGGAUGGUGUGUUUUGUUUGACCGAAUAUUUUAAAAUCGAGACAUGGACCAUAAUUCUCGCGAGAGCACUGUUGGGUUACUUGGUAGAUCUGGCCAAUAGAAUCAAAUCUCUGCAGCUUUCUAUUGCCCAUGCGAGGGAAGAUCCAACCGAGGAUGACAAACUUUAUGAAGUCAUAACUACGGCUGUAGAAGACGUCAGGUAUAUGUUGAGGACUCACAUAACCGAGAUCCUCACCAAUUCCGACCAAUAUCUCUUGGAUGAUGUCAUAAACGUUAUUGAAGCUCAUACGGAAUUUCUCGGCGUGUGCCUCCAUAUUCUCGAAACCAAGUCGAUUGAGAUUACGCCACUUAUACACACUGUUCGAUGUAUUCGUGAUUCCACACUUUGUCCAUUUGCUCAGAAAUCCUACGAGGUUGUUUUGAAAGGAUUAAUACGCCUUACAGCUAUGACUGUAUGCAUUUUUGUGAAUACUGGGCGCUGUGAUUUUGCUGAUCGAGUUUUUGUUGAAGCUCAGUCCACUAAGAUGUCACCUGAUAGAAUUGGUUACGGCGAAAUUUGGGAGUCGAAUUUCAGCGUCGGCUUCCCUUCCUCACCAGAUCUUAAUCCACGUUUAUGCCGUGAAGUGGUAAAGCAGGGUGUGUUGGUUCGCCUACUCAGAACUGACAUUGCUACAGUAUCCGGAGAGUAUGUGGAUCUGUUGAAGCUUUACAACAUUGAGGAUUCGCAGAUGGUGGUUGAUUUGUAUGAUGAACAAAAGAAGGUAUCAAGUCACGUCGAGGAAGUGCUCAAAGAGACGAUUACUGUUCCAACCUUGGAAAAUCUGAUCGAAUGGAUCGUUGGCUCUUCGAAUAUGUUCCAAGUAUGCUGUCUUGUCGCCUCUGCCAUUCUUAAAGACGUUCGCAGCAUGUGUGAUGUCAUCAGGCAUUUGCUUCUUUGCGCUGGUGAUGGAGAGUUUAAUACAGAUGAAUACAAGCUAGCUCACUUUUAUAAAUUGCGAUCUGAACUAGAAGCUCAACGAUUCGAUCGGCGGCAUAUUUCAGCCAUCAAAUUCGAUAGAGAGUAUGGAACUACACGCCUAUUGAUAACCCCUCCAGAACCGUUAUCAAUUAUAAUUACACCUGGUCAUGCACGUCGCUACAUCCGAAUCUAUACAUUCUUAGCUGACCUCACAAGGGCAGUGUCGGCACUGGAGAAGGUGGAUCUUCGUGAGCCUCGAAUAAGUGUGGACAAUAGUCGAUUGUUAUUCUAUUACUGUUCGUCCAUGCUACGACUAGUUGCUGGUACCCGUGAUCAUGUGCUGACUGAAGUUGACGCUGUUUGGCAACUCUUCAGG